UUAAAAUGUAGGGCAUCUCUUACUUUGCCAUAUCAAUCUCGAUAAGCAAAAUCACAUAAGCCUUUUUCGAAGUUUGUCAUUUGAAUACUGCAACAGUUAAAGCCCUCAAAGUAAAUGGUAAAUGUAUGUUAUGGGAACUGGGCAGAGAUUUACGAAAUUCCCACAAUAAUGAUUGAUUCCGGUCGCCUAUUGACUGAAGAUUUAUCGGAAAUAGUACAAUUAAAUUGUCGUAUUAUCAUCUACUAGACCGAAAUUUUUCUAUUGGGCUGGUACACAUCGUGACUAAAACAAGCGCCUAUAGGCGCGUUUAGUCGCUUGCCGCUCUUCGUAGCGCUAAUACGAAAUACAAACUUGGAAAAAGCGCGCUUAUUUGCCUAGUUGCACGCACAAACAGCCAUCGUUCAGCGCUCAGCUUUUUUCGCUGAUAACUAGACUUAAAUCGUCGGGUUUGCUGGCCAAUCCCGAAGAAAACAAGUUGCGUGAGAGCCGAGUAAAUGACGCUGAUUUUUUUCUUGUAUGUUUCAACCGCGAUGUUCGAUGCCGGCCACCCACCUGAUUUAAAUAGCAAUCCGCGCGUGCUACUAAUUGCUCAUUCUGGUCUCUAAUAGUGAUGUUUUGUGAAAAGUGUCUCUUCGAAAUUAACCAGAAAUAAAACACUGCACGUAGACAUGAUUAUCAGUGAAUUUACCUAAAUGUUGAAUUUCAGUUUUGAAAAUGCAUUUUGGACACAUUUUAUUAAGGACUACGACCGUCGUCGCAUUGAUCAACAUGUGUGUGGCCGAAAAUGCAUCAGAUACUGCCCAGAAAAAGGAGAAACGAGUGAGAAAAUAUCCUACCAAGGUUUUCGAUCUCUACCAGAACCAAAUUGAGAAAAAGCCAAAGUUGAUCGGGGAGUGGUCAUCGUGGAGUCCAUGGAGCUCUUGCUCGCGAACAUGUGGAGGAGGUGUUGCCCAACAAACGAGGCACUGUAUCAACAGACCGGCAGACUCAAGGUUCGUGAAACGGCUAAGACGGAGGAGACAAGACUGGAAACCCUCUAAUGAAUGCGUAGGCUUGUACAAACGGAUCCAUUUGUGUAAUACUCAGGACUGCCCAGGCAAUCGAGAUUUCCGAUAUGAACAAUGCGCUGCCUUCAACAAUCGGCCCUUCAAAGGAAGAACCUACCACUGGGAGCCGUUUUAUCAAGGUAAAGCUGAAUGCGCCCUAAAUUGCCGGCCCAAAGGAUUAAGUUUCUAUGCCACCCUUAACAAGACUGUGAUUGACGGUACCCCUUGUGACCACCCCAUAUUGGCAACAGGAAAAGCCGCCCCUAAGGGCUCGAAGGGAGUGUGUAUUGACGGUUAUUGCAAGAGCGUAAAUGGCCAAGGUGUUGUUGGAGGGCACAACGAAAACGGCCAACAAUGCCACGCUUGUCUUCUUGGGGCCUGCAGAACCAUCAAUGGAAUUUACACACGACCAGAUUUACCUUCAGGUUAUUCCCUGGUUACCCAGAUUCCCAAAGGAGCCUGUGGACUGCACGUUCAACAAAUAAAAUACACUCGAAAUAUCUUAGAAUCGAAUUCGUCGUUCCCAGGCACAAAAACCUACAUUCGCGCCUGCUACAGAAUCAUUAGCCCCUCGCAUCAAAUUCCCAUGAACGAAAAACGAUGCGCCCAUUUGGACCCUCCAGCCCUUACGCCGAUUUCUUGCAACGAAGAGCCAUGCAGCGCAGCUUAUUGGGAUGGCUUCUGGGGCCAGUGCUCAGUAUCAUGUGGAGAAGGCGUUCAGCAGUUUAUUCCGCAGUGCAAACGCAAUCUCAAUGGAAAACUGAUCGUUGUUAGUGAUGUGCAAUGCGCUCCCAACAAGCCAAGCCCAGAAACCAGAGCCUGCCAGGAACGGGAGUGCGAGUUGUUUAGAGGACUGUCCGAUAACGAACUGCCCCAGACGGCGGAGACUGGCAGACCUGCAAUUAUCAGCAGAAAGGAAUGGAGUGUUGGAAGCUGGUCCUCGUGCUCAGUGACAUGUGGAAAUGGACACAGGACACGGUCAGUCAUCUGUCCUUCGGGACAGUGCCAUCCUGAGAAUCGACCAGCACAUGCGGAGUACUGCAAUCAGGGCUCUUGUGAUUCUUCGAAUUACGACCCUUCACCCUCACAGCCCAAAAUUGCAGUGUCGCCCCAGUUUACUCAUCGAAGUGGAAUUUCAUCGUGGCUGGUUACCGAGUGGUCUCACUGUUCAGUACAAUGUGGAAUAGGAAACCAAACUAGAUUCGCUCUUUGCGAGCACGAUUUUUGUGGUGCAGACUCCAAACCUGAAAUAUCAAGGGCCUGUUCCAGCGAAAAACAGUGCGAUGGUCAAUGGUUUGCAGGUCCUUGGGGGGAAUGUUCUGAUUCUUGCAACAUCCCAGCAACGCAAAGAAGAGAAGUCCUCUGCAUUGCAAAGAUUCGAGGCGUCGCGCAUGUCACCAAUGAAAUGGUAUGUCCCCUUGCUUUGAAACCGUACGAAGAGCAAUCCUGCCUGGGUGUUUGUCAUCCCCAAUGGUUUACUGGCGAUUGGGGAAAGUGUGAAGGCAAUUGUCCAUCUGGGGUGCAAAGAAGAGAAGUGAGAUGCCUCGAUAUAGAUAAGCGUCCGUCAAAUCGUUGUCCUGAAGAUAAAGUGCCGGUUGGAAAGCGCUCUUGCGCGUGCGAGAUACACCGAGAAAAUAGAGAUAGUUUCAACUAUAAAUUGGUUCAAGAUGAACCCGUAGACCGAUCCUGCAUCGACCGUAUACCGAAAUGCAGAAUGGCAGUUCAAGCUCGAUUAUGCAGCUACCCGUUCUACACGAAGAACUGCUGUGAUUCCUGCAGACGAUCCCAACACGACCAAAUUGAAUAAACUGGACUUGAAAACCCUUAAUUAAAUCUAGACCUGGGCUAGACGACUUCCCAGCAGAUGGAACUGAUAGAUUUACUAACAAGUGUCUAUGUUUAUAGGUGUAAAGAUAUUCAUCCAAUGGCGUUAAAAUAAGGCAAUGAAACACUCUGAUUAUGGCAGGGGAUGAAUAUCACCAAUAUAAUACUAGAGCAAUUAUUUAAAACGGAUGAAAGAAGUGUGAAAUGAGAAUAAACGUUUUUUACAAUUAGGUAUACAUUGACACCUGAAACAAUUUAAAAACUAAUUAAACUUGUUUAGGAGCAACGGAAAAGGCGGUUUCAGGUUGGACAAGAAUACUCCAAAAGAAUUUUAAAUAGUUCUCUGUGAUUGUUUUAUAAUUUAAGACUACGUAAACCUGCAGUCGCCCUGGAAAAUUGAAGUUUUUUCUCAACGAAAACUGGAUAUCACUGUAAAUAUCAGAAGCUUGCGACUGUCUAGGACAAUAGCUUACACUUUCAUUAACUUACAACAUCUUUCUGCAUUAAUUCAAACACUGCCAUCAACUAAGGAGUAAUUUAAAACUCAAAUAGCUGGGUUUUGCAGUUUGGCAAACAAAAAAGAUAAUAGUAAUCAAAUGUACCUUAUUUAUUACCCGAUAGUAAAAAGUAUUAUAUGUAGUAGCUUGUAUUAUUUAAUGAAAUAUACGUUUUCACAGAAAA